GAGAGAACCCAAACCCCACCAUAGCGAAGAAGCGUCAAACGGCCGCCAGAGCAUCCCCGGUUACGCACCGUUCAGAGGCCCCGUCGCCAGAGCGCCAGAAGCAGCUGAAGACGAAGCCAGCGUCGCCGGGCACACGGUCACAGCUACAGUCAGUGAUGGAGAGCCUGCUGGACAAUCCCAUGAAAGCCGUGCUCUACCUGAAGGAGCUCACCACGAUCGUGCAGAACCAGCAGAGCCUGAUCCAGACGCAGCGCCAGCGCAUCGACGAGCUCGAGCGAAAGGUGGAGGACCUGAUCGGGGAGAAUCGACUGCUGCGCGACCCCCACCACUACGUCCAGCAGCCGCCGCCGCAGCAGCAGCCGCCGCAACAUCACCACCAGCACCAACAACAACACCACCACCACCACCACCACCCCCCGACUCACCGCAGCGCCAGUCCCCAGGCGCCGGCCCACCUCCACCAGCACCCGGGGAGCAACAAAGCCGCGGUCCACCUCGGCCAGCAGGCGCCGCCGCAGCAGCAGCAGCAGCAGCAGCAGCAGCAGCCGCCGCCGCCGCAGCCGCAGCCACAGCCGCCGCAGCAUCAGCAUCAGCAUCAGCAUCAGCAUCAUCAGCAUCCUCCGCAGCAGAUCCCCGGUCUAUCGGCCCAGCCUCAGCAGCACCCGACACCCCCUGCGCCGUCCUCCCACCACCCGCAGCAGCUGCAGCUCGUCCCCACCUCGCCGCAGUCGCCCCAAACGGGCCAGAUCAGCCCGGACCCGGCCGAGGAGGACAAGAGGAGCCCCUGCUGCAAGUCCUUGGUGCCGCAGACUCCCAGCACUCUGUGCCGCUCAGUGGGACUGGCCAGGAAAGCGGAAAACCAGACAGUGCUACACCAGUUCUGCUGCCCGGCCCCAGAGGCCCCAGAGGGGGAGACAUCGACCGCCUGUGUCCCCAGCGAUGACCUUCCUCCAGGAUCGUCUAUGGGGGAGGAAGGGAAGGGAGGAGAGGGGGAGCUGCAGAGUGAGGCCCAGUCACAGCUACAGCCAGAACCACAACCAGAACCGGAACCACAGACCCCGCAACCGCAACAAGAGACUCAGCCGCCACAACCACGGACUCAACCGCCACAGCCCCAGUAUGAGCCACAGCCUCAACCGCCCCAGUAUGAGCCACAGCCUCAACCGCCACAGCCCCAGUAUGAGCCACAGCCUCAACCGCCCCAGUAUGAGCCACAGCCUCAACCGCCACAGCCCCAGUAUGAGCCACAGCCUCAACCGCCACAGCCCCAGUAUGAGCCACAGCCUCAACCGCCACAGCCCCAGUAUGAGCCACAGUCUCAACCGCCACAGCCACAGCCACAACCCCAGCCCCAGUCUGAGCCCCAACCACUGUCUCAUCCUCAGCCCCAGCCAGAAAGCACACCUCAGCCCCAACCUGAACCUGAACCCAAACCCCGGCCUGCACCGGAGCCCGAGCCCCAGCCCCGGCCUCGAGUCGAGGCUCCGAGCGAGGAGGCCGCGCAGGACGCCCCCAAAGCCCCUUCGCCCUGCAGAGAGGAGCAGACGGCGGUGGAGCGAGAGAAUCACCAGUCGGAGGACGUCGCGCAGGCAGAGGGAAAGCAAGAGGCAGAGGAGGCCGAGCGGCGUGAGGGAGAGGCAGCUCAGGAGGAAGAGGAGGAGGAGGAGGAAGGGGGAGGCGCUAAAGGAGGUGGGGCGGGGAGGAGAGCCAGCCUGCACCACACAGCCUUGCCCUUGAGGGUGCAGCGCAAUGGGGCCGGCUCGCACUCCGCCACCUCCGACUAUGAGCUCUCGCUUGACCUCAAAAAUAAGCAGAUCGAAAUGUUAGAGCACAAAUACGGUGGACAUCUCAUCUCCCGCCGUGCUGCCUGCAAGAUCCAGACUGCCUUCCGCCAGUACCAGCUCAGCAAGAACUUCGAGAAGAUCCGCAAUUCACUGCUGGAGAGCCGCCUUCCGCGACGUAUCUCCCUGCGCAAGGUCCGUGUGCAGAACACGGAGGGUUUCUCUGCUGAACGGGCCCUGGCAGAAGGCUGCAACCUAGCAGGCAUUCCCUUGGUGCGAUCACCAUCUCUGCCUACCACAGUUGGUGGCACCCUGACUGACCUUGAAGACUCCUUCACUGAACAGGUCCAGUCCCUGGCAAAGUCCAUAGACGAUGCACUCAGCAACUGGAGCCUAAAGACGAUGUGUUCACUGCAAGAAGGUGGCACUUAUCAGUUCACAGCCGACUCCUUCAAUAGAGCAGCAGCAGCAGCAGCUGCCGCAGGAGGAGGAGUUGGGGGAGAAGGAUGUGGUGUGGGAGAGUCAGCAAUUCAUCAAGGCACUGUGGACCCAAGUGACCUGUCGAGAAGCGCAAGCAAGCUGCUUAUGGCAUUUCGAGAUGUGACGGUUAAGAUCGACAGCCAGAACUUCAGUGUUUCAUCUUCAGUCAUGGAAUCGUCCUCUUCUGUCACACUUGGCAGCUGCGUCCAACAAGAUGGAGCCUUCACCACGACUACUUCCACAACAACAAACUCCACACCAGUCUCUGGCCCCCCACAAGAACACCUUCCUCCACCUGCAGAAAUCCCAGCUGAACCUUUAGAUCUCCCUCCACCCCCCCAAGAACCCCCGUCACCCCCAGAAUCAGAGAUAGACUUAGACGAGCAGGAUGUUGAAUUCCCUGCUCCUCCCCCAAGUGAAGAAGAGCUAGGGGAGGAGGAGCAACCUCCCCUCACCCCUCUCGAAAAGAUGGCUGCCUCUCAAAGCGCAGAGAACAUUGUGGUGGUGGCCCCACCACCCAUAGAACCCCCUAAAGCCCCUCCACCACAGGAGGCAGUACCAUUGGGGAGCUCUCCUGUGGUAGAGCCUCUAGGGGUCAAGAGAUGUGGUUCUGAGAUGGCAGAUAACAGCUCAGAGCAGAUGAGCAGCAGCAGCGCAUCCACAGAGGCACGCUCCACAUCUGAGGCCUCAUCCAAGGAGGCACUGCAGGCAAUGAUCCUCAGCCUGCCACGCUACCACUGUGAGAACCCUGCCAGCUGUAAAUCACCCACGUUGUCCACUGACGUCAUGCGAAAACGCCUCUACCGCAUCGGCCUCAACCUCUUCAAUGUAAACCCUGACAAAGGCCUUCAGUUCCUGAUCUCACGAGGCUUCAUCCCAGACACGCCCAUCGGCGUGGCGCACUUCCUGCUCCAGAGGAAGGGCCUGAGUCGACAGAUGAUUGGAGAAUUCCUCGGAAACAGCAAGAAGCCCUUCAACAGAGACGUACUGGACUGUGUGGUGGAUGAGAUGGACUUCUCCGGCAUGGAGCUGGACGAGGCGCUGAGGAAGUUUCAGGCCCACAUCCGUGUCCAGGGAGAAGCCCAGAAGGUGGAACGUCUUAUCGAGGCCUUCAGCCAGCGCUACUGCAUGUGCAACCCCGACGUGGUGCAGCAGUUUCACAACCCAGACACCAUCUUCAUCCUGGCCUUCGCCAUCAUUCUACUCAACACCGACAUGUACAGCCCCAACAUCAAGCCCGACCGCAAGAUGCUUUUGGAGGACUUCAUACGCAACCUGCGAGGUGUGGACGAUGGAGCGGACAUCCCGAGAGACAUGGUGGUGGGAAUCUAUGAAAGAAUACAACUGAGGGAGCUGCGCUCCAACGAAGACCACGUCACCUACGUGUCCAAGGUCGAGCAGUCCAUCGUGGGCAUGAAAACGGUUCUCUCCGUCCCUCACAGAAGACUGGUGUGCUGCAGUCGACUUUUUGAGGUGACAGAUGUCAACAAGGCCCAGAAGCAGGCGGCGCACCAGAGGGAAGUCUUCCUCUUCAAUGAUCUAAUCGUGAUCUUGAAGCUUUGUCCAAAGAAGAAGAGCCCCGCAGCCUACACUUUCUGCAAAGCCAUGGGCCUACUUGGCAUGCAGUACCACCUGUUUGAAAAUGAAUUCUACCCUCAUGGCAUCACCAUCCUCUCACCGUUUGGCUCGGACAAGAAGCAAGUGCUAAACUUCUGCGCCCAAAGUGCCGAGGAGCUGCUCAAGUUUGUCGAGGACCUGAAGGAGUCAAUCUCAGAGGUGUCAGAGAUGGAGCAGAUACGUAUCGAAUGGGAGCUGGAGAAGCAGCAGGGCGCCAAGACACACUCGGUAAAAAACAACGGCACACAGCUCGAGCUGCGUGGCAAACAGGGCUCCCCAUCAGGAAACCAGGAGGUAGACGAUAGAGGCGGACACAACGCAGUAGAGGUGUCAAUUCACAACAGGCUUCAGACGUACCAGCUCAGCAGCAGCACGGCUCAGAGUCCAGAGAGCGUGGCCCUUCUUAACCACCGGGGGGAGCUGCUUUUCCAGCAGGGGCCCCAGGGGCUAAUCCAGGGGCCGGCGCCCUCACCGCAGCACCCGCAGGUGCAGUCAGCAGCGAGCACCCCCGCCCACCACCUCCACCUCCAGCAGCACCACCAGUCCGCCAUCAGCAUGGCCGACCUGCGGCCCGAGACGCUCAUCCAGUGUCAACAGAUCGUCAAGGUCAUCAUGCUCGACAACAGCGGCCACGGACGCGUGGAGGCCUUCCUCAGCCAAACGCCCGCCCACCACCACUACCAGCAUCACCACCACAGCCAUCGCCAGUUCAGCCACUCGGCCAUGUCCACCCCGGUCCGCUCCCCGGACGGCGCCUACGGCAGCGACGGCCAUCAGCCCCCGUUGCCUCCCCCACCUCCGCCUUACAACCACCCGCACCAGUAUAUACCCCCAGACCCCCGCCUCAGUCUACACCGGACCCCAAGUGACUCUCAGAGCAUGGUGUAAAUAGAUUCAUCAGUAUUAUUUCCCUAAAAGAGACACACACUUCCCCCACCCGCCCCACACCUAUUUAAAAGUACAUAAUGUACAUAUAUACAUACUGAUGAAAGAGCUAUAAUGAAAAAAAAAUUAAAAUGAAAUCACACUUAUAUGCAUAUAUUUAAGGAAAAAGGAUAAACUAAAAGAAAAAUCAAGGUUUUAAAAGAGACAAGGAGAAAUAAAGUGCGUAUGUAGAAGUUUUACUUGAUUCCACAUGUAUUUUGAAAUAUUACGUAGUUUUAAAAAAAAAGAUUUCUAUAACUUUUUGUCAGUUUUAACUCGCGCUAAAGAAAAAACCUCCGUUUCUGGAUGGAUUCCUCGUAGUUCCAGUAGAGAGCACCAACAACAGAACAACAGAAAUAUGUGAAUCCUCAAAAGUUAUUUCAUUUUUUUCUGGGGGGGGGGGGGGG